AUGGAUUACUCUAAUUAUCGAUAUCAAGGACCUUCAAAGCACCUUUAUGACUUUACCCAGGGGCAGCGUCCACAGUCUAAUACAUUUUCAGGAAUAGCGCCUAUUCCUGUUGUCUAUACGGAAAUGGCAAUCUAUGGGACACCUGAUAAUUCCAAAGGAGGGAAUAGAAAACGCAAGGGAGGAUCUGGGAGGGAGUCAGAUGAGGAGGAUGGUCAAGGUGGGGGGUACAAUCAGGAGCAGGCUGACAAGGAAAGGUUUGCCAGAGAGAGCCAUUGUGAGAUAGAGAGAAGAAGGAGGAAUAAGAUGACCUCUUACAUCAAUGAACUCUGUGACAUGGUUCCUACCUGUAGUACGCUGGCCAGAAAACCAGACAAGCUGACCAUCCUUAGAAUGGCCGUCUCUCACAUGAAAACUUUAAGAGUAGCUGGAAACACCAGUGUUGAUGGUUGUUAUAAGCCAUCCUUCCUGACUGACCAGGAGCUCAAACAUCUUAUACUAGAGGCAGCUGACGGGUUCCUGUUUGUUGUUCAGUGUGACACAGGCAGAAUGAUUUAUGUCUCAGAUUCCAUCACACAGGUUCUAAACCAAUCUCAGGCUGACUGGUUUGGAAACUCAAUGUAUGAACUGGUUCAUCCUGAUGAUGUGGAGAAGGUUAGAGAACAGCUGUCAACUUCUGAAUCUCAGAACACUGGAAGAAUUCUGGACUUAAAAACUGGAACAGUCAAGAAAGACAGUCACCAGACAUCUAUCAGAUUGUGUAUGGGAUCCAGACGAGGCUUUAUAUGUCGUAUGAAGAUGGGUAACGUAGAUGUUAGCAGCAUGAACUCAAGUCACACCCACCGAGCACGGCAGCGAAAUACUCUAGGGCCCUCGCCUGAUGGCAACCACUAUACCGUAGUCCAUGUAACUGGCUAUAUCAAAAACUGGCCACCCUCAGGAGUGCAGAUGGACCGAGACUCAGAUGAGAACUCCAGCACACACUGUUGUCUGGUGGGCAUCGGUCGACUCCAGGUAACUAGUACACCUAACUGCAGCGAUCUCAUGGGACCCAACGGCAGCACAGAGUUCAUAUCCAGGCAUAAUAUUGAUGGAAAAUUCACAUUUGUAGACCAAAGAGUGACACCAGUACUUGGCUAUCAGCCAGCUGACCUGCUGGGAAAAUCUGCCUUCGAUUUUUAUCACCCAGAGGACAAAGCUCAUAUGAAAGACACUUUUGAUCAAGUGUUGAAGCUAAAGGGUCAGGUGAUGUCGAUCAUGUACCGGUUCAGGGCCUCCAAUCAUGAGUGGGUAUGGCUAAGGACCAGUAGCUUCAGCUUCCAGAACCCCUACACUGAUGAAGUGGAGUACAUUGUUUGCACAAACACAUCUGCAAAAAGUGUUCAGCAAGGAGCAGGUGCCUCUACUGGUCAAGGAAUGCCAAAUGAACAACCCCCAGAUCCUAACCCGUCCAUGGCCUCCUACAACACCCCUCCCCGGGGCCCCAUGCCGACAGAGAUGAACAUCCAGCAGUCAGCUAACAAGCACGAUUUCCGGGAGCCCUUCCAGGACUACAGCUCUGUCCUCACUGGGGGCAGACAGAUUGGCAGACCAGAGAUGUAUAAUUACAACUCACCUUCUCAAAUCAAGUACCCCGGACAGACCGCGGGCACCAGUAUGCCAUUAUCUCAGGCAUCGGGUGUUACCGGGGUCAGGAGAAGUCCUAAUGCAGGGGGCUGGGCAGGACCGGCGGGAUUUCCUCAAAAUCAGGGAGGGACUGAUUUCAGUAGUAACCCGACCCCUGGUUUCUCACAGAUCAGUCCUAACAGCUCUUCUCCUGCUGGGCCUCCUACCUAUACUCAGCUUGGAUCACAGAAUAUUCCCAGUUCACAACCAAAUAACUUUUCUCAUUCCUCUCCCCCCACUUCUACUGGUCAGGGAAUGUGGCCUCCCCCCUGGCAAGGAGGGGCAGCAGAGGCCCCCCAGAACCCCCCGGGUCCGCAGGCUCCCCCUCCUAACGGUCAGCAGAAUGAGGAGUUCAGUGAUGUUUUCCGUAUGUUGGACCCUCCUGGACAGGAAUUUAAUGAUCUCUCAGGGAUGUUUAACACGUUCCAGGACUAGUGUUUUUAGUGGGGCUGUCAAUAUCGUAUAGAAAAACAAGAUUCAGUGUUUAUAUACCAAGAUCUGUCAUAUCAUCUCACUUCCCUGUUGUUUUGUUUGUCUAUGCUGUAUACUGCUUUGAUUUUGCUUGUGGCUAAUUUUCUUAAGAAUAUGUGUUUGGAGUUUGCAGUUUAUUUUUAAUUCCUAUUAUCUAUACUGUGAAUUUAAAAAACUGCAAAAUGAAGCCUUUGUACAGUGAUCUUUUUUAUUAUUUAUGAAGUUUUCCUCAUGUGUAAUCAAUUUGGUAGACAGGAAGAAAAAUGGAUGAACACAAUAAAAUUGCAUUUUAUACUUUGGUAAUUUUACAAUGCCUGACUAUUACAUGAUAGUGAGCUGCUGUAUAUAGUCAAUAGCCAUUGUACUUUUGGUAGGAAUUACAUCAGUAUUUACAACAUCAUAGAACUUAGUAAUGUAUCAUUUCUGUGUCCAUUUUGAGUAUACAUGUAGUUUUGUUGAUUAUUUUGCAAAGUUUUUGAUUUGCAUUGUUUUGUUAAUAUAAUUAAGAUAUAAUUUGAGUGGCUAAUGUUAUUGUGAUUUGUUUGUUUUCCUCUUUCUACGGUGCUUUACAUGCUUAUUGUAUUGUUCUUUAGGGUGUUUUACAAAAUUUUUUAUGUUGAAAUUACUUUUAGUGCUGGCAAAAAAAAAAGAUUCUUUGAAAUAAAUUUACAAUAGACAUAAUACCACAAAAUGUACUAUUUAAAAAUGACCCUAACAUCUAACAUAUAUGCAAUAUUGUUCUGAAAUUAGCAAUAUAUUCUAGCAGAAAAAAACACCUAUUUACAAGGGAGUCAUUCGCAACUUCCUCUAAAAUAAUAUGAAAUAAAAAAAACAAGCAACAUACAAGUGAAGACUUAUAGGCAACAAAUAUAUGUGGUAGAUAAACAUCAAAAUAAAUCAACCAAAAAGUUGAAUUAAAACACUUGAUCUUAUUGGUGACCACAUAAGCUUAUACAUGUAAUUCAUCCAAGAAUAAGUCUCUGUACUUUACUCUUGUGGGGUAAAUUACUGAUAAGCCAAUACCUUGUAGGUAUUUGUUGGACAUAUGAAAAUCAUGAAAUAUAUUUUGAUUGGAAGCCUCUUAAAUACCGUUUUAAAUGCAUGUAUUUGUUGCCAUAAUAUUUGUACAAGAUCUACUUCAAUAUAUAUGGAUAUAUGUAUAUAUUACAUAAAAACUAUACUAGACUUCAUGAUGGAGGGGGAAAAAGGAUGUGCAAUGUUUAGAAACUCUUUUUAGAUGAAAUAAACUUAGAUGUAGUGUUUUUUUCUUUUUAUUUAUGCAGUUUUGCCACAAACUGUUAUGUUAAUUUUAUUUUUUCCAUUAUCUUUCUUGUAUCAUGGAAAAGAUAUCAGAGUUUGUAUUAAGUCUUCAAAAUUAAUUUGUAUCAUGGAAAAGAUAUCAGAGUUUGUAUUAAGUCUUCAGAAUGAUUUCCAUCAAUUUUUAAUUCAGUUUUGCAUUUGAAAUAUGAAAAUGCAUCCUGAGCAGCAGAAU